AUGUCGCUCCCAUUCCCAACAUCCAGGUUCGGUCCUGGCUUCACGGUCCCGACCGCCGUGACCGUCACAGAAGGGGGGAGAACAGUCACAUUCACGCCCACGCCCACGGGCGGCACCACCUCGGACUCGUCGCCCUUCCCGGACAACAUACUCCAGCAGUCCGGCCUCGCCCCGGGACAAAUCAUUGGCAUCACUGUCGGCGCCACCUCGGGCCUCGUCUUCUUCGUCGUCGCCCUCGUCUGGUUCUGGAACAGGAGGAGGGCCCGGAAGCUCGCCGCGCGCGAUGAGGCGCUCGACACCGUCAUGGAGGAUCCGGAGAAGCCCGACGACGCGGCUAUGAUGAUGGCGCAGAACACGGGGGAGACGGUUGAACUGCCGGCGCCGCGUGUGGUACACGAGAUGCCCGAGACACGUGAAGGCCCGCCCGUGGAACUCCCUGCUCCCGUUGAGCGACACGAAAUGCCUGCGUAA